CACACAACACACAGCACACAUUCCUCUGCAACUUGACAUCAUUCAUCUCAUUAAAUCAUUAAUUCUUUUUAUACGCUUGAACUAAUUAAAAUUUAACAUUGUAAAAAUUUAUUCACUUAAUCGCCGGCGCUUUGGAAGAAGUCCUGAUCGGAGCUGCAAAACGACAUUGUUUUUAGACAGAAAGGACAAUGAAUGCCGUAGGAAGGCAAAGAUCUGGCGCAUCGACGGUGCAUCAUCAGCGGCAAUACUCCGAUAACUUCCUGGAGGCUUCAUCUAAUGGCAGAUGGCUGCAAUCAGCUGGUUUGCAACAUCUUCAGUCUUCCAACAACUCAAUGCCUCCGUCACAGGAUUUCGGAUAUUAUGGUGGAAAUCAGGGCUCGAGAAUGUAUAGGGGUCCACAGAGGACAUUCAGUGGGGGAAGUGAUAUCUUUACGGAGCCGUUGACACCGCCGGCAGCAAAUAUGCGGAGGAGGAAUGGUGAAGAGGAUGGAGUUUCGCCGAAUGAGUACAGUCCAGGACUCUUGGAUCUGCAUUCUUUUGAUACUGAGCUUCUUCCUGAGUUGUCAGUACCUGGCCUGUAUGAUGCCUCUUCUAUGCAUCAUUAUGCUCGGGGCAGAAGCUUUGAUGACUCCGAGUCAUAUUUUGGAAAUAAUAAACAGACCAACAAAUUCCGGAAUUUGCCAGAGGAGAAUGUUAUGAAAAGCUUCACUGUAGAUAAGGAGAAGGCUAGCAAUGUCGCAAAGAUCAAAGUUGUGGUGCGCAAGAGACCUCUAAACAAGAAGGAGUUGGCCAAAAAUGAGGAAGAUAUCAUAGAAACAGAGUCCAACUCUCUUGUGGUUCAUGAGACCAAACUCAAGGUUGACCUAACAGAAUAUGUGGAGAAGCAUGAAUUUAUCUUUGAUGCAGUGCUGAAUGAGGAGGUUUCAAAUGAUGAGGUCUACCGGGAAACUGUGGAACCAAUUGUUCCAAUUAUAUUCCAGCGCACAAAAGCAACUUGCUUUGCUUAUGGGCAAACAGGAAGUGGGAAAACUUAUACCAUGAAACCACUACCCCUCCGAGCAUCUCGUGAUAUUUUGAGGCUCAUGCAUCACACUUACAGGAAUCAAGGCUUUCAGUUGUUUGUCAGCUUCUUUGAGAUAUAUGGAGGGAAACUCUUUGAUCUCCUUAAUGAGCGAAAAAAACUUUGCAUGAGAGAGGAUGGCAAGCAGCAAGUUUGCAUUGUUGGCUUGCAAGAAUACAGAGUAUCAGAUGUGGAGACAAUAAAAGAACUCAUUGAAAAAGGAAGUGCCACAAGAAGUACAGGGACUACCGGUGCAAAUGAGGAAUCAUCCCGAUCCCAUGCCAUACUUCAGCUUGCUAUCAAAAGGUCGGCUGAUUGUAGUGAUUCCAAACCUGCUCGAGUAAUUGGAAAGCUAUCCUUCAUAGAUCUUGCAGGAAGUGAACGUGGUGCAGACACCACUGAUAAUGACAAGCAGACAAGAAUGGAAGGAGCAGAAAUCAACAAAAGUUUGCUUGCACUAAAGGAGUGUAUUCGAGCUCUAGACAAUGAUCAAGUCCAUAUUCCCUUUAGAGGCAGUAAAUUGACUGAAGUAUUGAGGGACUCAUUUGUCGGAAAUUCUAGGACAGUUAUGAUAUCGUGCAUUUCACCAAGCUCAGGAUCCUGUGAACAUACUUUGAAUACAUUGAGAUAUGCAGAUAGGGUUAAGAGUCUUUCAAAAACUGGUGCAUCAAAAAAGGAGCCUGCAUCUUCAACUGUAAAUCUGAAAGAGUCAACCACUGUAUCUCUGUCUUCAGGAUUACCCCCUUCAUCAACAUAUGAAGAUGAGACAGGUGACUCAUGGCCUGAACAAAAUGAUAAAGAUGACUAUGAGGAGGAUUUCUAUGAGCAAGAGAAACCUACCUGGAAGAAGAAUGCGAAAGUUGAAGUAUCAAGUUUCUCAAGCUUAGAAGAUAAAUCAAGAAGAGCCAAUGGCCAGAUGAAGUGGAAGGAACACCCUAAAUCAGACACAAAAAACUCGAACCCUGACGAUGAUUUGAAUGCACUUUUGAAGGAAGAGGAAGAUCUUGUUAAUGCUCAUAGAAGACAAGUAGAGGAGACAAUGGACAUAGUUAGAGAGGAGAUGAACCUACUAGUUGAGGCGGAUCAACCUGGGAAUCAACUGGACAAUUACAUCUCUAGAUUGAAUGCAAUCCUAUCUCAAAAGGCGGCUGGUAUCCUACAGUUACAAAAUCGUUUGGCUCAUUUUCAGAGACGCCUUAAGGAGCAUAAUGUUUUGGUGUCUGCUGGUCGCUAAAUCUUGUUUGGAGGUGCAUAUGGGAGUCUGUGGUGAGCAUCCGAUGGUCUCUUUGAUUUCUGCAACUUUCCUACGAUCGACUUGGAGCAAAUUAAAAUUUUUAAGUGGAAAUUGCGAGCGUCAGCUAUAUCGCGAUGAUUGCUAGCUCAUUUUAUCUGAACUGCCUUUUCUUCUAGUGGAUGGGAGGGUCUAUAUUUUGGAUCCUCUACUUCCCUCUACAGUUUCAGCUGGUCUUGUCAUUAUUUGUCAUUAUUGAUUAUUAUGAUUUAUUUAUCAAAUAUACAAAAAUCAUGUAGCAGCUAUUGUAAAGCUUCGCAGCUUUGUAAUAUCACAAAGUGAAAAUCUCAUGCCUUGCACGAAAGGCGAUUGUAUACGUUCUGAAUGCUUAUUUGUUUUAUACACUUUUUCUUUUUUU